UGUCCUAUCACCUCUCCUUCUCUCAUUCCCUUCAUUUGCAGAUGGCGGUGAAGUGAGGUGGCUGAGGACUAGUAUGUGUGUGAGUGCGUGGAAGGACACAUCCUCCCCUUGUAGAGAAAGAGAAAUCAGAGAAAGAGAGAGAGAGGAAGAAGAAACAGCUGCUCUCCAGUAACAGGUAGCUCAGCUGUGGGGUUCCAUUAUAUCCUUGGGGGAACAACCGGCCAUGCGGACGUCACUACAGGCACUCGAGGACCUGAGGUGUCGCAGCCGCAGGUAAGAGCAGCUAACUCCAGUCUCCUGUCAUGGAUAGCAACGCUGGGGAAGUGGAGGACUCAGGAGAAGAGCUUACAGGGAGGAAGAAGUCUCGGUUCAAGCUGCUGAAGAGUCGUCUGUUUGGCCGUCUGAAGAGGAAGGAGACUGAAGGACUGAUGAAGCAGAGCCAGUCUGCCAGUGAUGUCACUGCUGAUGUCAUAGCUCCGAGGGACGACGACUCAGAGGAUGACUGUUUGGGCGGUCCAAAUACACUGGGGUCCAGAGCUCUGUCACAUGACAGCAUCUUCCUGGCUGACCAAUCACAGAGCUCCUCUGAGCCGACGAGGGUUCUGUCUCAGGAGAACGUACACAGCAGGAUACGAGAACUGCAGCUGAAACUGCAGCGACAGAACAUGUGUCUGGGCCCUCCCCCCUUGCUGAUCACUGGAAAGAGAAUGGAAGAUUCUGGAGCCACCUCUGAGGAUGAUGGUUUACCCCAGAGCCCUCCAGAGAUCUUGUUCCAUGACCGAACAGCACAGGGGCCUUCCUACAAGUUCCCUGACACUCACAGGCACCAUAGCUCUCUGAGUUUAGCAGGGACAGGAAGUGAGGAGGAGGAGCAGUGCCUCUCCCAGCCCUCCUCCCGUCCUCUCUCCCCGAAUCCUGCUUCCCCCUGUGAUCCAGAGCCCUCCCCUGCAGUGGACUUCACCAGCCCAGCCCAGUACACUCCUAGCCUGGACAGCUCUGCCGCCCGUCACCGCAUGUCUGUUAAACCCAGGAACCAGAGGGCCAGCGCCAAGGGACGGAAAGGUCCCCUGAGAGCAAGCAGACUUGGCUCAGAGAGCCUGAGUGACCUGGACCCAGACCAGCCCCUGUCUGAGAGGGAGGAAGAGCAGGAUGGAACGGAGGACGAGGACAGAGAGGAAGAGGAGGAGAGGGAGCGACCGUUCUCUUCAUCUCCAAAAGACUCUGAGGAGAAGCCCUGGCAGUCAGUACCCCCUGGUGGUCAGAAAGAGGUAUUACAGAUACAAGAGUCCUCUGAGACAGAGGGACGCGUCACCACCAACCCUCUCUACCUCCAGGCUAUGACCUCUCCUCUAUCAGAACCCAUGACCAAGACCUCCAUCCUGGAGACCCCGAGCCUGUCCACUCCCCCUUCAGCAGCAGUGGAGGAGCCACAGAAGCCCCCGGAACCUAUCCGGGUCAAACGCCCAAGAACUCUCAUCCAGGAUAAUUCAGACCAGGGAAGUCGGUCUGGGUCUACAUCUGAAAAGACCCUCUUCAGGCCUCUCAGUCCUGUCUAUGGAUCAGAUAAUAUCACUUCCAUCACAAAUCAACUGCCCUCAAAAGAGAAGCCAGAGGAGAAUAUGACCCCAGCCACCUCUAACAAGGGAGACAGGUUGAGCAGAAACACACAGGGUGUGAGCAUAGCAGACACCAGCAGCUCUACACACCACUCUGCUCUACCUACCCAUGCCUCUCGCGUUAUAAGACAAACACAGACACCUGCUUAUGAGAGCGAGUCUGUCAGAGAGACUACAGCAGUCCCACUGUCGGGCAUUAAUGAAGAAACCUCCAAAUUGGACCUGGUGCAGAGGACAACAGGGCCACCUACUGGCCAUGAAGACACACUGCCUAGAGCAAACAGUUUCUCCACCUCCUCCUUGAGACAGCGUUCCAAGAGUGCCACUGGCAGAGCCCACACAGGGACGAGAAACGAGGAGAUGAAUGCAGAAGGAAAAGGAGGGGAGGGUUUGGUGGCCAAGAACCCUCAUCAGGAGUCUGUCAGAAGGCAAGAGGUAAAACCAGAGCAGGCCACAUUUAAAGGCCUGAAGGAAAACCAACCACAACCCUCACCUCAGGAGAGAAAAGUACAAACAGAGGUAGAAGUCGUGGAGGAGACAGGACUGAAGGGAGGAGAGAAAAGGGAUGGGCAGAGUGAGGGAAAUGAGGAGGAGGAGCAGGAGAGGAGGAGUGCUUUCGGAGUGAAGCUGCGCACCACUUCUCAGUCUCUGAAGUAUCGCUUGGAGAGGGACCAAGAAUUCAGGGUUAAGUGUCAUAUUGUCUCAACAACUGCAGAACCAGUCAAAGGCGAAAUUGGCACAAGUUCAAAGGUCAGGGGUGACUUGGCAAAUAAGGCAUCGAGGAAGGGCCCGUCACAAGUGUCUGAUUGCCCCCCCCCAUACACCCCUGACAGAAACAGACUCAACGAGAACCAAGAUGAUGAUGAUACUGACCUGGUAGUAGAUGCCUUUUCAGACCCAGACAAAGGCCCAUCCUCCAGACCUGCUCUGGGGCUCCCAAGAUGGACUGAGACCCCUGGGUCUAAUGGGUCAGCUGGAUCGGAGCCUGUCUGGAUGUCCAUGGCCCGGGAAAAGACCAGGAGUCUCCAAAAGCAUCUCAGUCCAGAGACAGAUGCUGGGAUGGGGGGGACAACAACGCCCCAGUACACCCCAUCACCACGGCCAGCUCCAACCCCAGCCCCACAGCCGAGAUUACAACCAACAGCUCAGCCAUCAACACAACCUCCAUCACAAUCACAGCCAAGCACAAAAACAGCCUCGCAAAAACAAACAUCACCCCCAGUGGUACAAUCACCAUCUCAACCAAUACCAAGCCGUAGACCAAUCCUACAGGAAAUGCAUCUGACAGCUAAACUCAAAACAUUGCCUUCAGAUCAGCCUAACACACAAUCACCAUCUCAACCAAUACCAAGCCGUAGACCAAUCCUACAGGAAAUGCAUCUGACAGCUAAACUCAAAACAUUGCCUUCAGAUCAGCCUAACACACAAUCACCAUCUCAACCAAUACCAAGCGGUAGACCAAUCCUACGGGAAAUGCAUCUGACAGCUAAACUCAAAACAUUGCCUUCAGAUCAGCCUAACACACAAACAGCAUCACAACCGACACCACAAGGAACAGCGCAACAGCUGACACAACCGUCCUCCCAACCUCACACGCCAACCAGACCAACUCUACGAGGAGCGUCUGAGAGAUCCUCCACGUCUCUGAAGAGAGCUGAGAAGAUGCCUGUGGAGAAAUGGACAGAAAGAGCGCUCCCAACUGGGACUAUGGAGGAAUCUAGCAAUGGUCAAAUUGAGAUUCACAUCGCAAAUCCUGAGAUACCUUCUUCUUCAUCAUCAUCAUCCUCAUUGUCACACCGGGGUCAGCCAACCUGGAUGGAACUUGCCAAGAGGAAAUCUCUGGCCUGGAGUGACAAGACUAUGGACUAAGAGAAAUGUACACGCGUGCGUCUGUGUGUUUGAGGGAGGUAAAGAGGUUCCUAAAGAGAGUAAGAAGAAGACUGAAAUAAAAUAACGAUUUGUUGCUGACUGUAUUAUUUGAACCUACUGGCUUCAGAGUUUAAAACCUCUUUCCCUUUACUGUGCCUUACUCUUCUAACCAUUACAUUUUUUAAAUUACUUAUAUUUCACAUCGGCCAGACUGAUGCUAAACUACUGCGUAUAACAACACUAAACCAAGAGGUCUGGACUUUUAUGGCAAGAGGGCAUACUCUUGUUUGUUGCUGGUUCAAACUCCGAUUCAGUUUUUUCACUGCUUUUGACAUAUCACUCCAUGCUUGAUCCCUGUUGUCUGGAAUAAAUAUACUGUCAAUUGUA